GGGCGUAACAGCCUGCUCACUUCUUCCACCAUUUAUGAGUUCUACGAUUGGCGAGGAUGGAACGUGAUUCAGUUGGUGGCUACAGAGUCAUGCAGACGUAAAGGGAAAUAGUCGCGCUAUCAGCGCUUAGUACGAUGCUUGUUGUGACGGUGAGACCGUUUAGAUGAAGGUGUACCGUGGAGGAAGAGUGUAUAAAGGCAGGAGGUAGCCCUGUGAUCAGCGACAGCAUUCCAUACUCGUAGACACCCUCCUCGAAAUACGUCAUCACUAUCAAGUCGCGUACCAUCACCAUCGUUAUUGGAGUACAACGCUGCAUACCAAACAUCCAUCCACCAUGGCAACAGGAACCUCCUGCUCAACGGAAUGCAUCAAGGGCUCAAUCCACGCGGGAACGCCCAAAGGCACCAUCGAAACUCUCCAUGGCCUCUCGGUCUACACAGUCGGAAAUCGGACCACACCACGCGCAACAAUCUGCAUAUACUCAGACAUCUUCGGCCUGGGUCUUCCCAACAACAAAAUUAUCGCCGACGCUUACGCCGCCUCAGGAGAGUAUCUAGUCCUGCUUCCCGAUUUCUUCAAGGGCGACCCUGUCGGACUCAAAGUUGCUGAUGCGCUGCUUCCGGUAGAUGCGGCGGCACAGAGUACAUUCGCAAAGUACACGGGUAUCUUGGCUAGUUUGCCGUCUUUUCUGAUGUGGCAGCGGAGGCAUGGGAAGGCGGAGUCGGAUAAGGUUUGUCUUGACUUUAUGCGGGAGUUGAGGCGCGCGACGCCAAGCGAGAGGAAGAUCGGUAUGGUUGGUUUUUGCUGGGGCGGAAAGUACGCUGCUCGCACGGGGUUGGAGAGCAACAUGAUCGAGAUCGAAGGUGUGAAGAAGCCGCUUGUCGAUGCGAUCGUGGCGCUACACCCAAGUCACUUGGCCGUUCCUGAGGAUGUUGAAGACCUCGUGGUUCCUACGAGUUUCGCGUGGGGCGUUGAGGAUAUCGCUGUGAGCUUUGAGACGAAGAGCAAGGUGGAGGGAUGUCAUGCGAAGGCACAGAAGGCGCGGAAGGAGUUCCCAGAGGUUGAACACAAAGCGUACACGCCUGGCAGGCAUGGGUUCGCGGUCAGAGGCAAUCCGGACGAUCCGCAGGAGAGGAAGGCUCUAGAGGACUCGGAGAAGCAGGUACUUGCGUGGUUCGAGAAGUGGCUUUGAAAAGUGCUCCGUGAUUCGGCAGCCGUAAAUUGGUAUAUCAUCUUCGCGUAUUCAAGA